AUGAGUGAGAUAAUUGCACGUGCAAUAAACUCAAUCGAUUAUCUAUUAGAAAAAGACACAUUGAAACUUGUCGUGCAUGGACAUACUUUAAUGGAUAUUCGUGAUCUAUUUAUCAAACUAAACUCAACAGAAAAUGAAUGGACUGAAUUAUUUUGUCGACAAUUAGAUCGUGUAAUGAGCACUAAUAAAAAACUUCUGGAAGAUUAUUGGAUUAAUCUAUACGAUGAUAUAAUCUAUGCGCUCAAAGGGCCGAAUGGUGAAACAAGUAUGGGGGAAAAUUGGAAUAAUUUUUUGAAGAAAAUUACAAAUGAGAAGAAACGAAUGCAACGUGAAAAACAAUUUCAACAGAAAUUUGAAAAACGAAAGACUUUCAAAGAAUUAGUAAAUGAAAAAGCAAAAUUCAUCAAUGAAUAUCUUCAUAAUUGUAUUUAUGUUUAUUCAAAAAUACAAAUCGACGAUUUGAUAGAAAAUAUCAAUGACUUUGUCCUUGAUAAUUGUCAAUUAAAUGACGUAUCAAUUAAAGAACAAUUACAACGCAUUGAUAUAAAAAUUGAUUGUUCAAAACAUUUAUUAGCAGAUAUUGAAGAUCAUUUCAGUACAAACAUUGAACUAUGUCGAACAGCCAAUCGUGAUUCAAACACAUUUUUUCCUUCGAUUGAAAGUGAAUUGUCUGGAUUUGGUGAAUCAAAAACAAUUGAAACACUUUUAGAAUAUGAUCGAUGGAUUGUUAUUUUAGGUGAUCCAAGAAGUGGAAAAUCUACACUUCUUCGAUGGAUAUUGUGUAUCUUUGCUGAAGCAAUUUCUAACAAUGAUGAACAAGUAAAUUUAAAUGAAAAUCAUUACGUUCCAAAUCGUUUUCCAAUUUUAAUUCGUUUAAAUGAAUUUUCCAGAUGGCUUUAUGAAAAUCAAUCUAAAACAUUAUAUGAUUAUAUAAAUAAUCUUUCUAAUGAGAAAGAAAAUCUCUUUGGUGAAUUUAUCGAUCAUGGUCAUGCAUUGAUUCUUUUAGAUGGACUCGAUGAGAUCGAUGAUAUUCAUCGAAGAGGUCAAAUUGUUGAUCUGAUAAAAGAAUUCAUCAAUGAAUUUAUUUCUACACCAGAGUUUUGUUCUGCAUUUGAUGAUGUCAUACACAAUAGUCAGAAUAAAAUCUAUUAUGAAAUAGAAUCACCAAAAAUAACUGGUGGAAAUCAAUUAAUUGUAACAACUCGAAAAAACGUAAACAAUCAAGAAUAUUUAUGA